GUACGCGUUUAACACCAGGUGAGCAAAGAAUGACAGCAUAAACGAGUAGAAAGAUCUCAAUGAGUGUAUUGUUAAAUAACGUAAAAGUUCAACGUUGAGUGAAAAAUAAUUUUCUUUGUUAUAAAAUUGUGGGAAGUUCAUAUGGCUGAGAUAAAUGGUAAAAACACAGUUGUGAAAUUCCCGGUUACUAUCAUUGAAACCAGUUAUUCAUCUAAUCAAGAAACAAGGGACAACAGAAUCGGCAUCAACAACGACAAAAGUCUAACGUGUAUUCCACUGAACACACAGUGUGACAGUUCCAGUCUCGGCGAAGUUGAAAAAAACUGUACAGUACCCAAAUCUACACGUGACUCCAACGACACUAACACGUCAUUACAGAAAGAUGAACCAUCUUCCGAAGCAUGUGCAACGACUGGUAAUGGUAACCAUUACAAUACCAAUGAAAAAAUAGUCUGGCCCAAUCCCUUCACUCGAAACGGACGUUACGUCAACAUAGAAGCAGUUAAUUGGUCUAAUCUUCGUUACAGAAACCGUUGGGGGUGUCUUUUUCUCGGUAUAUUUGUUGGCCUGGUAUUCGUAGGAAUUGCAGUUGCUGUUGUUGGAGUAGCUAUUCUUACAGGUCUCCAAAAGGAUUUCAAGUACUUGUGUCAACAAUCUUCUGUUUAUCGUUUCCAAGGAGCCCACGUAUCUGAUUUUUCACACAGUCAAUUAAAGAAGUGGACGUUGUUCACCGGAAGUGUGAUUUUCCAAACAAAUAGAACAACACCUUGCUUAAACGAAAAAAAGCAAACGAAAAGAAAGCAACUUUAUAACCAGCCAUCUUUUACAUCUAAGAUCGAACAAGCCUUUAGAAAUUCCAUGAUAGGGUCAAACUUUGUAGCAUUCUCUUUGGGCAAUAUAGGCUGUGAAAAUGGCACCACAAUUGUGGCAGAUUACGUAACCAUCUGGCAGUCUGCAAGUGAUGGUACAUCAAUAUCUUUUAUUAACGUUACCAGUGUUCUUCUCAACAUUACCGUGACUGACGAAUCUCCUCUCUUCAAAAAAGUGGUUUUUAGUAAUAUGUUUAAUAUUAAAUUUCCCAUUUAGUUGUUUACUACAAUUUUUCAUUCUUCUAAUCGUUUUCAAUAAAAGUGAAGUAUACAAACCUGUAUACUUAAUACAGUUGCAUAUAAUUCUUUGUAUAAUGCAUUAUGACUAAUUAUUAGCCUGCAACUUAGGUAUUGAAACUUCUAGGUUUUAGUAUACUUAAGAUAACAACCGGAUUUUAAAAAUGCAGAAAAUAAUAAAGCUUUAAACACACGCGGUUCCUUUUUCAGUGUUAUGGUUUUCCAGAGUUUGAAAUUUUAGUAAAAUAAUUGCCGAUUGCAAUGUGUUUUAUUCAUUAGUUUUCUUUGAAUAGGUUUAUCUUAAAAACAAAGAGAGAACUUGAGUGACAUUUGCGGCCAUUUCUUCAACUUCUAGGAUAGUGUAUUUGUAUUUCCAAUCGUGAUUUGGUUGUUGUAACCAGAAUUUGGUUAAAUUCGCCAACUUUUAAUGAUGAAGCAUCCUCUUACUACUUCUACCUCUAUUGAUAAAUUAAUUUCCUCAGUAUCAAACCUGAGUUAAAAAUCAUUGUCUUCAUUAAUUCUUUACCAGAAAUUUCUUGUUUCAUUAGAUAUGAGUAACUUAAACAAAACUUUUCAAUAUCCUCAGGGUGUAUUAUCUGUCAUGAUGCAGUAUGAUUAACUAAUCUAAUAUCUUUCAUCAUUCAAAGUUACUAUUAUUUUACUUUAGUGCUCGUUAAUUUAUCAUCAGAUACUAAAACUUAAGGUUUGAACUAAUACUUGUUGUGAUAACACUUAAAACUACUUAGAGCUCUUGAAUAAUUAAUUAAAUACUGCGUUAUCCAAAAAGAAAUGAGUUAUAUGAAGAACUUAGUUACUAUGUCAAACUUAACAUCAUAAAAAUUAAUACGAGAGAUUUUAUUUAUAACUUGAACCAGUUAAAACUAACUACUUUUAUUGUUUUUGCG